AUGUCGACGGAAUUCCAGAAGGAAGGUCCCGAGGAAGAAGACAUUGACUGGGGCAAAUUACGCCAUGUGGAACAAGAGGAAGAAGAAGUUCCACAAACCAAGGACACAAAAGAAGUUCAAGACAUAACUUCAGAGUUCACGGCUGUGGACUUACCAGAAAGAACUACAGAUGAGGUUGAUUAUGAAAUGAGCCAGUUUGACAUAGACUUCCAGCGCAGCGAGCGUCACGACAUGGCGACAUUAGAGAAGGAACAGCCAGAAGAGGAGAUAACCCGGGAAGUGUCCGAGGAUGUCUCGGCUCGCUAUGACUAUGCUCCGAAGACAAAGGAUUUGGAAGAAGCUGAGGAACACACACUCAAAAUUCCUAAAGCACAGUGGAAGUGGCUCGUACCUCUUGAAGACAUGCACGUAAAGGAGAAAGAAGCCGCCAAAUUUGAGUGCGAAUUCUCCAUCACUGAUGUCAAUGUCACCUGGAAGGUCAAGGAAGAAGAGAUUGAAGCCAGUCCGAAGUACGCCAUUGUUGCUGACGGCAAGCACCAUACGCUUGUCAUCAGUAAGACCAAACCUGAAGACGAAGGGCCUGUGUCGUGUAGCUUCAACGACAUCACAACAGAAGCGCGGCUCACUGUUAGAGAACUGACAAGAGAGUUCACCUCAAGACUUGAGGACACCAAAGCCGUCGUCAAUGGCGAUGUGGUCUUUAAAUGCCAGACAACGGUAGAAGACGAAACUGUGGACUGGUACCUUGACGGCAGGAAACUGGAGGGCGACAACAAAUAUGAAAUGACAUCAGUUGGUGCCGAACACACCCUGACUAUUCACGAUGUUCAGCAGGCAGAUGGCGGCACCGUUACUGUCUGCUACGGCGAUGACGAAUCAUCAGCAAAACUGGAAGUUGAAGAUGUGGAAGCGGAAUUUACAAUUUACCUGAAGGAUGUUACAGCCAAAGAGGGCACUGUCGCUGUAUUCGAAUGUGAGCUGACAAUUGACGUCGAUAAAGACAAAGUCCGUUGGUUCCUUAAUGAUGUAGAACUCACGCAAGACCAGAAAUUCGAAUUCCUGGCAGACGGACCCUCCCAGAAACUUGUCAUCAAAGAUGUCGCUGUCACAGAUGCUGGAAAAGUCACCAUCCAGAUCGGGGAUCGUAUGUCCACAGCUAACUUCAUCGUGGAAGAAAUCCCUGCCGAAUUUACCAUCCCGCUGAAAGACAUGACGGUGGUUGAAAAGUCUACAGUUGAGUUUGAAAUCGAGCUCAGUAAAGACGUUCCGCCUGGCGACGUACACUGGUUCGCCGCGGACUUCGAGCUUCAGCCAGACGCCAGGAUUCAGAUGAUUUCCAACGGCAAGAAACACAAACUGAUAAUCAACGACGUAACGUUGGACGACGCGUCCACGAUCACUGUCAAGGUCGGCGACCAAACAACAUCGGCUGAGCUGACGGUGGAAAAACUACCAGCCGAGUUCAUUCUGGGGCUUUCCGACGUCACUGCCAAGGAAAACACCAUUGCGGAGUUCGUCUGCAAACUUUCGGAAGAUGUGGAUUCUGUGCAGUGGUUUGUUGGCGAAGAAGAAGUUGUACCUGAUGAUAAAUAUGAGAUCAUUACUGACGGACCCGUCCACAAACUCCUCAUUAGAGAAGUUUCAGUCCUGGAUGAAGGUCCAGUGACUGUCAGAGUGGAUGAUGCUACUACAACAGCGACACUCUUUGUCCAGGAAUUACCUCCAAAAUUCAUUAAGCCUCUCACAGACAUGACUGUCCAGGAAGGCGAUAAGGCAGAAUUUGUGUGCGAGGUGUCGAAAGAAGGCGCCACCGUCAAGUGGUUCCUGGAUGGUCAGGAAAUCCUUCCUGAUGAUCGUUACCACAUCCUGAGUGACGGACGGACGCACAGACUCGUCAUCGAUGACGCCCUUCUCCCCGACUCUGGAGAUAUUACGGCUCGUGUGGAAGACGAGCAAACAACCGCGACUUUAACGGUGGAAGAGUUGGGAGCAACUUUCGUCAUAGGCCUUUCAGAUAAGGAAGUCUACGAGGAAAGUGACUUUUCAUUAGAAGUCACUCUCUCUAAGCCCCAGGCUGAAGUUUCCUGGCUCCUCGAUGAUUUCGAAAUUAAGCCUAGUGAUAAAUACGAAUUCACUGCUCAAGACACGCAACGUCAGCUUUCUGUCCACAACGUAACCCUUGACGACGAAGGGGAUUACACGUGUCUCCUUGGAGACCAAUCCACAACGGCUUUCGUGGCUGUCCUUGAAACCAGCGUGGAAUUCAUGGCCGAGCUGGAAGAGACGCGCGUUGAAGAGCACAAGAUGGCUUUCUUUAGCUGCGAAGUCAACAAAGAGAACGUCUCGGUGAAAUGGUACAAGAACGGUCGUCUGAUCGCUCCAAGCGAGAAACACCAGCUGAUUGACGAGGGUAGGAAACACACCUUGAUAAUCAACGAUGCAGAGAAGACUGAUGCUACAGAGUAUUCCGUCGUGGUAGGCGACAAGAAGAGUUCUGCCAAGCUCUACCUCGAUGAGGCUCCGUUGGAGUUUACAAUACCCCUGCGCCAGAUCACGUGUAUGGAAGGAGAAACCGUGGAAAUGGUAUGUGAGGUCAGCGAAGACAACCAGCCCGCCACCUGGCUGAUAAACGGCAAAGAAAUCGCUCCCAGUGACGACAUCUCCAUUAAAGUGGACGGCAAGCGUCACGUCCUGACCAUUUAUCACGCCAAACCAGACGACCAGGCAGUGUACACUGUGAAAAUCGGUGACAAGGAAAGCUCUGCUGAUCUCACUGUAAAAGAGCUUCCAGUGAAAUUUACUAAACUUCUAACCGAUAUUGAGGUGUAUGAAAAGAGCUCUUUCACGCUGGAGGUGACAUUGUCACGACCGGAUGCCGAUGUGAUAUGGCUUCUAGAUGGGCACAAAAUUGAACCCAGUAGCAAAUUUGAGUUUGUUAUCAAUGACACGGAGCGCCAUCUAGUGGUCAAAGAUGUCACCCUUGAUGACGAAGGCGAAUAUUCUUGCGUGAUUGGAGAUAACAAGACAUCCUCCUAUGUCAUUGUUCAUGAAGCUCCAGUGGAAUUCACCGUUCCACUCAAAGACCAAGACACCAAAGAGGGGCAAUCAGUGAGUUUGGAAUGUACCAUCAACAAACCGGACGUCCAGUCAAAAUGGCUGAAGAACGGAGAGGAGCUUGUUCCCAGCGAUCGCUACGACAUCGUGACAGAUGGCACGCGCCAGGUUUUGACUAUCCCAGAAACCUCAGUGGACGACCAAGCCGAGUACACCGUCGUCAUUGGUGACAAAUCCUCAACAGCCAAUCUACGUGUAGAAGAAAUAACAGCUGAGUUUACAGUCGGUUUGAGAGACAAAGACACUGGAGUUACCACAGAGAGUUCUUUUACUCUGGAGGUACAAACCUCCAAACCUGACGCUGAUGCAACAUGGUUGUUUGAAGACAUCACGCUCACGCAAAGCGAGAAAUACGAGUUUGUCGUCAAAGACACGCAGCGCCAGCUGGUGGUGAAAGACGUAACCCUUGAAGACGAGGGAGAGUACUCUUGUGUGAUUGGAGAAAAUAAAACAUCGUCUUAUGUUGUCGUACAUGAAGCACCAGUGGAAUUCACUGUUCCUCUGCAAGACAAAGAAGCAUCCGAGGGCGAAUCCGUCUCUCUGGAAUGUACCAUCAAUCGACCCAAUAUGCCAGCCAAGUGGCUGAGGAAUGGGGAAGAAAUCUCACCUGAAGAUGGUUACAAGAUCAUGGUGGAUGGGAAACAACACAAACUGGUGAUUCCAGAUGUCACACUAGACCACGAGGCUGAGUACACUGUUGUCAUUGACGACAAGACCUCUUCAGCCAAUCUCACAGUAGAAGAGAUUUCUGCCACUUUUACCAUUGGACUCAAAGACAUUGAAGUCACAGAAAAUAGUUCCUUCACGCUAGAAGUUGAGCUCUCACAUCCUAAAGCCGACGUCACGUGGUUGAUGGACGACGUUGAACUCGAACAAAACGAGAAAUAUGAGUUCGUGAUCAAUGACUUGCAACGCCAGCUGUUGGUCAAUGACGUCACUCUUGACGACGAAGGGGAAUAUACUUGUAUCGUUGGAGAUGACGAAACAUCGGCUUAUGUGGUGGUUAAUGAAGAACCCAUUGAAUUCUCCAUACCACUCAAAGACGUGGACGCCACAGAGGGCGAGCCCGUAACGUUUGAGUGUACCAUCAAUAAAGACCGUGAAGCCACCUGGAUGAAAGAUGGCGAGGAGAUCACGCGAGAACGAGGUUAUGACAUCCGCCGGAUUGGCCGACGCCACCUGUACACCAUCCCAGAAGUCUCACCGGAAGACGAGGGCGAGUACAGCGUCGUGUUCGGUCGUCAGAGCUCAACAGCUAAGCUAUCGGUGGAAGAAUCCCCUGUGGAGUUUACCGUUCCUUUGAAUGACGCGGAAACUUCUGUUGGAGAAUCCGUUACCCUGGAAUGUACACUAAACAAGGAAGAUCUCCCAGCGAAAUGGCUGAAAAACGGUGAAGAGAUUUCACCUGAGGAUGGUUACGAGAUCAUUGUCGAUGGCACAGAGCACAAACUCGUGAUUCCUGAAGCGACACAAGAUCACGAGGCGGAAUAUACCAUUGUCAUUGGCGACAAGAGCUCUUCUGCUAAUCUCAGAGUUGAAGAAAUAUUUGUCAGCUUCACUGUUGGUCUGAAUGACAUGGAGGUUUACGAAAACUCUCCCUUCACGCUGGAAGUUCAGUUGUCCAUUCCCAAUGCUGAUGUCACCUGGCUUUUGGACGAAAUCGAACUUCAGCCGAGCGAGAAAUACGAGUUUGUUGUCAAGGACACGCAGCGCCGGCUGGUGGUGAAAGACGUAACCCUUGACGACGAGGGAGAGUACACUUGUGUGGUUGGCAAGAACAAAACAACCUCCUAUGUUAUUGUCCAUGAAGAACCAGUGGAAUUCACCGUACCUUUGAAAGACACCGGUGCCAAAGAAGGAGAGUCUGUCUCUCUAGAAUGUACACUCAGUCGACCCAACAUGCCGGCAAAAUGGCUGAAGGACGGAGAAGAAAUUUCACCCGAAGAUGGGUACGAAAUCGUGGUUGACGGAAAACAACACAAACUAGUGAUCCCUGAUGUGACGCCAGAUCAUGAGGCCGAAUACACCAUUACUGUAGGCGACAAGAGCUCUUCUGCCAAUCUCAGGGUUGAAGAAAUAUUUGUCAGCUUUACUGUCGGCUUGGACAACAUGGAGGUUUACGAAAACUCUCCCUUCACGCUGGAAGUUCAGUUGUCCUUACCCAAUGCUGAUGUCACCUGGCUUUUGGACGAAAUCGAACUUCAGCCGAGCGAGAAAUACGAGUUUAUUGUCAAGGACACGCAGCGCCAGCUGGUGGUGAAAGACGUAACCCUUGACGACGAGGGAGAGUACUCUUGUGUGGUUGGCAAGAACAAAACAACCUCCUAUGUUAUUGUCCAUGAAGAACCAGUGGAAUUCACCGUACCUUUGAAAGACACCGGUGCCAAAGAAGGAGAGUCUGUCUCUCUAGAAUGUACACUCAGUCGACCCAACAUGCCGGCAAAAUGGCUGAAGGACGGAGAAGAAAUUUCACCCGAAGAUGGGUACAAAAUCGUGGUUGACGGAAAACAACACAAACUAGUGAUCCCUGAUGUGACGCCAGAUCAUGAGGCCGAAUACACCAUUACCGUAGGCGACAAGAGCUCUUCUGCCAAUCUCAGGGUUGAAGAAAUAUUUGUCAGCUUUACUGUCGGCUUGGACAAUAUGGAGGUUUACGAAAACUCUCCCUUCACGCUGGAAGUUCAGUUGUCCUUACCCAAUGCUGAUGUCACCUGGCUUUUGGACGAAAUCGAACUUCAGCCGAGCGAGAAAUACGAGUUUGUUGUCAAGGAUACACAGCGCCAGCUGGUGGUGAAAGACGUCACCCUUGACGACGAGGGAGAAUACUCUUGUGUGGUUGGCAAGAAUAAAACAACCUCCUAUGUUAUUGUCCAUGAAGAACCAGUUGAAUUCACCGUUCCUCUGGAGGAUACUUCAGCCACAGAGGGUGAAUCCGUGUCCUUGGAAUGUGUCAUCAACCGUGACAACGUCCCAUCAAAAUGGCUGAAGAACGGUGAAGAGAUUUCGCCCGAAGACAACUGUGACAUAAAAACAGAUGGCAAACGUCACAUAUGUGUAAUCCCAGAAGCCUCUGUUGAUGACGAGGGCGAAUACUCCGUUGUCAUUGGCGACAAAUCCACUUCCGCCAAACUGAAUGUAGAAGAAUUACCUCCAACACUCACAAAAGGUUUACACGAUAUUGAGGUGGCGGCUAAGAGUCCCUUUGAACUCUUUGUUGAGGUCUCAAAACCUCAAGCCGAAGUCACGUGGUAUGUUGACGAUGCCAAAAUUGAACCUAACGAGAAAUAUGAAAUUCAGACUAACGGGAAAGAGCGCCGCUUGGUGAUCAAUGAGGCCUUUGCUGACGAUGAGGGAGAAUACUCUUGCACUGUAGGAGACGACGAGACAUCUUGUUACGUCGUAGUACAUGAAGCCAGUGUGAAAAUCAUUAAAGGCCUGAAAAACAUCUUCUGCAAAGAAGGCGACUACGCCGUGUUUGAGUGCGUCCUAUCGUCUGACAAUGUCCGUGUCACCUGGCUGAAGGAUGGUGUGGAGCUAACACCAGAUGAUGACUAUGAGUUCGAAUCUGAGAAGAAGCGCCACCUGUUGAUCAUACCGGAAGCGGCCCCCGAUCACCAUGGUGAAUACACGAUUAUCGUGGGAGAGAAGUCUUCCUCCGCUCUUCUCGAUGUAGAAGAACUACCCGCAGAUUUCUCGGUAUUCCUGAGAGAAGCGACAACGCGAGAAGGCGAGCCAGUAUCGUUUGAAUGCGAGCUGACAAAACCUAACGUGCCAGUGACAUGGCUGAAGAACAAGCGACCUUUGAAACCGAGCAAGCGUGUGAGGAUGAUCUCGGAAAGGUUCCGUCAUCGAUUAGAAAUCAUGGAUACAAUUCCCGAGGACGAAGGCGAAUACACGGUGAUCCUGCCAGACAACCGCUCCACAUCGGCCAUGCUCUCUGUCACAGAAUCUCCUGCCGUGUUCACAAAGCCUCUAGAAGAUACCUCUGCCGAGGAGAGUACCAAGGUAGUCUGGACCUGUGAGAUGUCCAAACCCAAUGUCAAGGUCACCUGGUUGAAGGACGGAGAACCAAUCACAGCGGACGCUCGUCUUCAGCCCGUGACUGACAGCUACAUCCAGCAGCUGAUCCUAGACGAGGUGACACUGAAGGAUGCUGGGAAGUACAGCUGUGUUGCUGGUGACGUGUCAACGUCCGCCACGCUCACAGUUCAAGAAUCACCCGCCAAGUUCACAAAGCCUCUAGAAGAUACAUCUGCCGAGGAGAGUACCCAGGUCGUCUUGACCUGUGAGAUGUCCAAACCCAAUGUCAAGGUCACCUGGUUGAAGGACGGAGAACCAAUCACAGCGGACGCUCGUCUUCAGCCUGUGACUGACAGCUACAUCCAGCAGCUGAUCCUGGACGAGGUGACACUGAAGGAUGCUGGAAAGUACAGCUGUGUUGCUGGUGACGUGUCAACGUCCGCCACGCUCACAGUUCAAGAAUCACCCGCCGAGUUCACAAAGCCUCUAGAAGAUACCUCUGCCGAGGAGAGUACCCAGGUCGUCUUGACCUGUGAGAUGUCCAAACCCAAUGUCAAGGUCACCUGGUUGAAGGACGGAGAACCAAUCACAGCGGACGCUCGUCUUCAGCCCGUGACUGACAGCUACAUCCAGCAGCUGAUCCUGGACGAGGUGACACUGAAGGAUGCUGGAAAGUACAGCUGUGUUGCUGGUGACGUGUCAAUGUCUGCCACGCUCACAGUUCAAGAAUCACCCGCCGAGUUCACAAAGCCUCUAGAAGAUACCUCUGCCAAGGAGAGUACCCAGGUCGUCUUGACCUGUGAGAUGUCCAAACCCAAUGUCAAGGUCACCUGGUUGAAGGACGGAGAACCAAUCACAGCGGACGCUCGUCUUCAGCCCGUGACUGACAGCUACAUCCAGCAGCUGAUCCUGGACGAGGUGACACUGAAGGAUGCUGGGAAGUACAGCUGUGUGGCUGGUGAUGUGUCAACGUCCGCUACACUCACAGUUCAAGAAUCACCCGCCGAGUUCACAAAGCCUCUAGAAGAUACCUCUGCCGAGGAGAGUACCCAGGUCGUCUUGACCUGUGAGAUGUCCAAACCCAAUGUCAAGGUCGCCUGGUUGAAGGACGGAGAACCAAUCACAGCGGACGCUCGUCUUCAGCCCGUGACUGACAGCUACAUCCAGCAGCUGAUCCUGGACGAGGUGACACUGAAGGAUGCUGGGAAGUACAGCUGUGUGGCUGGUGAUGUGUCAACGUCUGCCACGCUCACAGUUCAAGAAUCUCCCGCCGAGUUCACAAAGCCUCUAGAAGAUACCUCUGCCGAGGAGAGUACCCAGGUCGUCAUGACCUGUGAGAUGUCCAAACCCAAUGUCAUGGUCACCUGGUUGAAGGACGGAGAACCAAUCACAGCGGACGCUCGUCUUCAGCCCGUAACUGACAGCUACAUCCAGCAGCUGAUCCUGGACGAGGUGACACUGAAGGAUGCUGGGAAGUACAGCUGUGUUGCUGGUGACGUGUCGACGUCUGCCACGCUCACAGUUCAAGAACCAGAUCUGGACUUCGUGAAGCCUCUCUCUGACCAGACAGUUUCAGAACACUUUGACGUGUGUCUGGAGUGCGAGACUUCCAAACCAGGAGUUAAGGUCAAGUGGUUGAAGGACGGCGAAGAUAUAACCUUGGAUGAGCGUUUUAAGGUCAUUUCAGAUGGAACAGUUCAAAGGCUUAUCAUCCCAGACGCUACUGUGGACGAUGAAGCUCAGUACACAUGCGCUGUGGGAGACAAGACAACACAGGCUGUUCUCCUUAUUGAAGAAUCGCCUCUGGAAUUCUUGAAGCCACUGAAGGACACGAAGUGUAUUGAAGACGAGUCUGUUACACUAGAAUGUGAAGUUUCCAAACCAGAUUUGCCAGCCAAAUGGCAGAAGGAUGGAAAAGCACUUGUCCCGUCGGAUAGAGUCAAGAUUAUUGUGGAUGGACCUGUCCAUCGUCUUGUGAUCACAUCAGCGACUCUGGACGAUGAAGCUCAAUACAGGUGCAAUGUGGAAGGAAAGUUCACAACCGCCGAGCUAUUGGUGGAUGAAGCUGAGCUAGUGUUUGAAACUCCGCUGAAGGACCUGACUGUUCCCGAAAACGACACGACACUCCUCGAAUGUCGCCUCAACAAACCAGCCGUGAGAGUGAAGUGGCUUCAAGAUGGUGAGGAAAUCAUCCCUGAUGACCGUACCAAAAUGAUCUCUGACGGCAACACCCUGAAACUCAUCCGCGAGAAUACCAAGAUGGCCGACAAAGGUCAAUACACCGUUGCCAUUGACGACUUAAAAAGCUCUGCUGAUCUAACCGUAACAGGGGAGGAACUAGUGAUUCUCGUACCUUUACGUGAUAUCACUGUAUCUGAGAAGGAGAGCGCUGUAUUCGAAUGCGAAGUAUCCAUCGCUGGACUUUCUGCCACAUGGUACCAAGGGGAACGCGAGGUCACGCCUGAUUUCGGCUACGACGUUUUCUCCGAGGGCAAAUAUCAUGAGCUUGUCAUAGACAAGACGGAAUGCUCCGAUUCUGGCUUUAUCACCGUCAAAAUUGGCAAUAAAGAAUCCACUUCUAUGUUAACUGUGAAAGAGCUUCCUCUGAAGAUUUUGGAACCUCUGUGCGACCUUGAGAUAUUUGAAGGUCAACCAGUCACUCUCCGGUGUGAAGUCAGCAAACCCAACAUCCAGUCAAAAUGGCUGAAAAACGGAAAGGCAGUCAGUCCCUCUGAUCACGUGACCAUUUCCGUAGAAAACGGAAACCACACCCUGACGAUUCCAUCUGCCAUCUUGGACGAUACAGCCGAGUAUACGUGCACUCUGGCUGACUUGAAGACAUCAGCUAAGCUCGCUGUCAAAGAAGAGCCUUUUGAUUUCACCAAACCCUUGGAAGACAUUGAGGUCAUGGAAGGACUGACAGCUACCCUCGAAUGCGAAGUCUCCAAACCCAACAUGGCCGCCGAGUGGUACAAAGAUGGCGUGCGCCUCCAAGAUGGCGGCCGCUACAAGAUUCUCAUGGAUGGUGUCCGACAUGUCCUCCAGAUUGAAGAUGUGGAAUACGAGGAUGAGGCUGAAUACAACGUCAAGAUCGCUGACAAAUCCUCAAUGGCCACUCUCCUUGUUGAAGAAGGAGCCAUAGACUUCAUCCGGCCAUUGGAAGACGUGACCUUGACCGAGGUACCCUCGACCGCCGUGUUUGAAUGUGAGGUAUCUCUGGAGAACGUCCAUUCCAAAUGGUACAAGGCCAACAAGCCACUCUCUCCUGGAGACAAAUACGAGAUGGUUGUCGAGGGGCGUGUCCAUCGCCUUCUAAUUCACGACGCUACAGCCAAUGACGAAACAGGGUACAGCAUCGUUGCUAGAGGCAAGAAAUCUGCGGCUGAGCUGUUUGUUGAAGCCCCACCACAGAUCUACUUGGAAGACAAGUUCAAGGACACUGUCUACGUCAAGGCAGGACAAUCAUACGCCUUUGAAAUUCCCUUCACGGCCAAUCCUCAGCCAAAGGUUACCUGGGGAUUUAACGACGGUCCUCUGAGAGAUGAAACCAGAAUGGACGUGGAUACAAUCUACAACAUGACCACCCUCAGACUGACCAAAGCUGAGAGAGGAGACACAGGCGAACUUAAUCUCACCAUCGAGAACCCCAACGGCAAAAUCACCAUCAAUAUUAACCUUGUUGUCUUAGACAAGCCCGAUGCUCCACAAGACCUGGAGGUCACUGAUGUGUCUGCGGAGGCGAUUGGCCUGCGUUGGUUACCCCCUGCGGAUGACGGCGGUGGAGAAAUCCUCAGGUAUAUCGUGGAGAAACGUGACGCCACGCGGCGAAGCUGGCAGAAGGUCGGAGAAACCAAUAAUCUGGAAAUCACGGCCGACAAGUUGGUGGAAGGAAACCAAUACUUCUUCAGAGUGUUCGCUGAGAAUGAGUACGGUGCCAGUGAACCAGUCGAGCUCGCUGAACCGGUCACCGCAAAGAACCAGUUUGUGGAGCCCGAUGCUCCAGACGCACCGGAAAUCACCGACAUUUUCCACGACUCCGCCAUGGUUACUUGGCAACCACCAGAGAAUGAUGGUGGCUCACCUGUGAUUGGCUACUAUCUGGAACGGAAGUCCUCAUACAGCCCACGCUGGGUGAAGGCAGACAAAGACCUGAUCCCUGAGACGAGUUUCAAGGCCAAGGACCUGAUAGAAGAUAACGAGUAUGAAUUCCGUGUGAUCGCUGAGAACAAGGCUGGUCUGAGCAAGCCCAGUCCUCCCUCAAAACCAUUCACUGCCAAAGACCCAUGGGACAAGCCCGGUCGCCCAGCACCACCUCACGUGACCGUGAACGACGAUUGUUCCGCAUCAUUGACUUGGUCACCGCCACAAGAUGACGGCGGAAGCCCCAUCACUAACUACAACGUAGAGUAUCGCCGAGCCGGAUCACGUGCCUGGACGAAAGCCAAUGAGAACAUCGCACUGCCGGACUGUAGCUUCACGGUGAAGGGUCUGCAGGAAGGGGCGGAGUUUGAAUUCCGUGUCAGCGCUGAUAACAGGGCGGGCACUGGUGACGCCUCCGAACCCACUCAGCCAAUCAAAAUUGAAAAACCCACAGAACCUUUGGAAUUCGUGCGACCUCUAGAGGACAUUGAUGUCAUGGAGGGUGAACCCGCCUCUCUGGAAUGUGAAGUCAACAAACCAAAUAUGACGGCUCAGUGGCUCAAAGACGAUGUGCCGAUCAAAGAUGGCGGGCGUUACAAGAUGAUUGUUGACGGAUGUAAACACGUCCUGGAAAUCGAAGAAGUCGAGUAUGAUGACGAGGCGGACUACACCGUCAAGAUUGCUGAUAAGACAUCCAUGGCCACACUGAUGGUUGAUGAAGAAGGAAUCACAUUCGUUCGCCCACUAGAAGACGUUGACAUCGAACAGUUGCCGGCUGAUGCCGUAUUUGAGUGUGAAGUCUCGCUUGAAAACGUCCCUGCCAAAUGGUACAAGGCCAAUAAACCACUCAAAGCAGGAGACAAAUACGAGAUGAUCGUGGACGGCUGUGUCCAUCGUCUCAUCAUACAUGACGUGAACUCCAACGACGAGACUGAAUACAGUAUUGUGGCGAGAGGCAAGAAGUCAGCAGCAGAACUCUUUAUUGAAGCUCCGCCUCACAUUUACCUCGAAGAUAAAUUUAAAGAGACCGUCUACGUCAAAGCUGGACAGUCCUACGCCUUCGAGAUCCCGUUCAACGCUAAUCCUCAGCCAACAGUUACCUGGGGAUUUAACAACGGCCCUCUGAGGGACGAGGCCAGAAUGGACGUGGACACAAUCUACAACAUGACCACCCUCAGACUGACCAAAGCUGAGAGAGGAGACACAGGCGAACUGAAUCUCACCAUCGAGAAUCCCAACGGCAAAAUCACCAUCAAUAUUAACCUUGUCGUUCUGGACAAACCGGAUGCCCCGACUGACCUUGAGGUCACGAACGUAUCCGCGGAAGCGAUUGGCCUACGCUGGCUGCCACCAGAAAACAAUGGUGGUGGAGAAAUUCUCCAGUACAUUGUGGAAAAACGCGACGCCACACGACGCAGCUGGCAGAAGGUCGGAGAAACCGAGAACUUGGAGAUAGUGGCUGACAAUCUUGUGGAAGGAUGCCAGUAUCUUUUCCGGGUAUUCGCGGAAAACAAAUAUGGAGUCAGUGAACCUGUGGAGCUGGCUGAGCCAGUUACAGCAAAGAACCAGUUUGGAGUCCCAGACGCCCCAGAUGCUCCCGAAGUUACCGACAUUUUCCACGACUCCGCCCUGCUUACCUGGCAACCACCGAAAAGCGAUGGCGGCUCGCCUGUGAUUGGCUACUACGUGGAAAGGAAGUCCUCGUUCAGUCCUCGCUGGGUGAAGGCAGACAAGGAACGAGUCCCAGAGACCAGUUUGAAGACCAAAGAUCUGAUUGAAGAGAAUGAGUACGAGUUUAGAGUCAUCGCUGAGAAUAAAGCUGGUCUUAGUGAGCCGAGUCCUCCCUCAAAACCAUUCACAGCCAAAGACCCAUGGGACAAACCCGGCCCGCCAGGUGUCCCCACUGUGGCCGGCAUGGACAACACGUCCGUGGCGUUACGUUGGGCCUCGCCUGAAGAUGACGGCGGAUGUCCGGUGUCCAACUACAACGUGGAGUAUCGCCGUGUGGGAUCGCGCACGUGGACCAAGGCCAAUGAGAACAUCGCUGUACCAGACUGUAACUACACCGUCAAGGGACUGAAGGAAGACGCGGAGUACGAGUUCCGGGUUAGUGCUGAUAACAAGGCCGGGACUGGACAACCCUCCGAAAUCACAGAACCAAUCAAAAUCAAGGAACCUGUUGAGGGUAUCCCACCAGAGUUACUGGAGCCUAUGCAAGACAUCACUGUUGUUGAACCCAACGAUGCCAUCUUGGAAUGCGACAUUGAUGCCGGAGAACCGGAAGCUGAGAUCACAUGGUACAAGGGCACAAAGACGAUCAAGAAAAGUCCUAAGUAUGAGAUGAGCUACGAGGACGAUGUAGCAGCUCUAGUCAUCCAUAAGACAGAGCCUGCUGACGCAGGGUUGUACCAGUGUGAGGCAGCUAACGUGCUGGGACGGGUGCAGACCGAGGGAACACUCGCUGUCCACACCCAUCCAACACUGGAGUACGAAAACAAACUGAAGAGCGCACAGGUGCUUAAAGUAGGCUCCACUCUAACACUCCACGUGAACGUCAGUGGCAUCCCGAACCCAGAGAUUAUGUGGUGCCUGGACGAGGAACCCCUGGAGAAAUCUGAGCGUGUCUCCAUAGAAACCAACGACAAGUACAGCACGGUGACGGUGAAGAACGCCACCCUGGACGACACGGGUCUAUAUUCCAUCAGCGCCCAGAACGUGGUCGGGGAAGCCAGGGCUGAGUUUGACGUCACUGUUAGAGAUAAACCUUCAAAACCAAACAACCUCCAGAUCGUGGAAGUCUACAAAGACUCCGUGGUGUUGUCAUGGGAGCCACCGGCCAGCAACGGAGGCGUGGACAUCACAAACUACGUUAUCGAGAAGCGUGACACAAAAAGGAACACGUGGUCUCACGUGGCGACAAUUGACAGCGCUAACUGCACCCAUUCUGUCCAGAAACUUCUCGAAGGCAACGAGUACUUCUUCCGUGUGUCGGCGGAGAAUGAAGUGGGUGUCGGAGAACCGGCCGAACUCUUCGAAGGCACCAUCGCCAAGAGUCCAUUCAACGAACCUGGUUCACCUUUGAACAUCCAGGUGGCGGAGGUGACGGACAAAUAUGUGACGCUCACCUGGGAUGCUCCUCAGAGCGAUGGCGGGUCUCCUAUCACCGGAUACGUGGUGGAGAAGAGACAAAGCCACUCCCCGCGCUGGGUGAAGGCCAGUAAGACCCCGGUGAUUGACAGGACGUUCACACUACCAGACCUGAUUGAGAAUAAUGACUAUGAGUUCCGUGUGUCAGCAGAGAACCAGGCGGGCAUUGGCUCACCUUCAGAGCCCACGCCCUCUGUUAAGGUCAAAUUCCCAUUCGAUGUGCCAUCGGCUCCUAGCAAACCGGAAGUGAGUGAUGUAACCAAAGAUUCCGCCGUGUUGACGUGGAAUGCCCCUGACAAAGAUGGCGGGAGUCCAGUGACAAACUACGUUAUCGAGAUGAAACCAUCGGGCACUUACAAAUGGCUGCCCGUAUCUCAAGACGAAGGUAUCAUUGACAGCAGCUUUAAGGUCAAAGACCUGAUAGAAGGCACAGAAUACGAAUUCCGAGUCGCGGCCAAGAACAAAGCUGGCCUCAGCCAACCAUCAGCCGCGUCACAACCGAUCAUUGCCAGGGAGCCAAUCGUUGGAGAUGCACCGGAAGUUAUGGAGGAGAUACCGGCCGUGGCUGCCGAUCUUGAAAAGGAUGCAGUUCUGCGAUGUAAAAUCGCCGGAGAGCCGGAACCAACAAUUAAAUGGUACAAGGACAAACGUGAGCUGCCCGAGGGUAAGAGGUACUCCAUGUCUUACGACGGUGAGGAAGCGACGCUGAAGAUCCGUGAUGUCAUGGAGAAAGACUCGGGAGAGUACACGUGUGAGGCGACUAACGCCCUUGGCAGUGUGGCCACAGUCGGAAAGCUCACCAUACAGGCUGAACCUCACUUAAGCUUUGACAACAAAUUCAAAGAUGUGGUCAGUCUGGAGGCGGGAACAAACUUGCGCAUCCCCGUCAAAGUGAGCGGUAUUCCCCCUCCAGAUGUAACGUGGACCAAAGACGACAAACCCCUCAAGAUUGGAGAAAGGGUUGCCGUAGAUACAACAGACUCUGGAACGACCUUGACCAUCAAGAAGGUCACACCAUCAGAUGAUGGCCUGUACGCGGUGAAAGCUGAAAAUGAUGCUGGAACUGCUGUGGCAGACUUCGAUGUGGAAGUUCUAGAUGUCCCAGGCAAGCCCGAAGCUCCUAUUAGAGUAUCGGACAUAAACAGAGACGUCAUGACCGUACACUGGAAUCCGCCGAAGGAGACUGGUGGGGCGCCACUCAAGUCUUACACCAUUGAGCGUCGUGACACCAAGAGGGCAUCCUGGGUGAGAGCUGGCAAGGUCAACGGGGACGUCACCAGUUUGAAGGUCACAGGAUUGACGGAAGGUGGAGAGUAUAGCUUCCGAGUCUGCGCCGAAAACAACGUUGGAUUGGGCGAGUUUUUGGAGUCGUCAGAGACUUACAUCGCCGAAAGUCCCUUCGGCAAACCUUCAGCUCCCGUUGGACCACUCGAAGUCACUGAUAUUAUCGAAGAUGGGGUCACGUUGGCAUGGCAACCACCGGAAUCGGACGGUGGAUCGCCUAUCAAUGGGUACCUCAUCGAGAAAUACGACACGAAGAAAAUGAAGUGGACUAAAGUGGCGGACGUGGAUGAGAACACGUUGAGAUAUGACGUCCGUAAACUCAUCGAGGGCACGGGAUACCGCUUCCGAGUGUCCGCCGUUAACGACGAAGGUCAAGGUGAACCGCUGGAGACGGAGUCAGUGGUCAAACCCGAGGCUCCACCAGAACCACCCAGCAAACCGACAGGACCAAUCAAAUCUAAAAUCGUCUCCGGAGAUUCCGUGGAGUUGUCCUGGUCACCCCCGAAGAAAGAUGGCGGACGCCCUCUGACAUCAUACGAAAUACAGAUCUUAGACGAUACCAAGACAUGGCGUUCCUUAGCAACGACUGAAGCCAAUGUUGUAUCAUACAGAGUAAAAGAUCUUGAAGAAGGGAAGACGUACUUCUUCAGUGUAAUGGCUCUUAAUGAAGUGGGAGCUAGCGAACCUCUCACCUCAGACGCCAUCACUCCUGAAACUCCCAUUGAUAUCCCAGCUGCGCCCACUGGUCCUCUGGAAGUCUCUGACAUCCAAAAGGAAUCACUGGUGUUGUCAUGGCAACCUCCGGCAGAUGAUGGCGGUUCCCCCGUCACGCAGUACGUCAUCGAGAAACGUGACGCAAAGCGUACGUCAUGGACCAAGGUGGACACGGUGGAUUCAGAGGUCAGGCAGUACCUGGUUAAGAACCUGAUAGAGGGUGGCCAAUACGUGUUUCCGCGUGGCGAUGCCCCAGACAAACCAGUGGGACCGUUGAAGAUCAGCGACGUCACGGACAACUCUGCCACUCUCAGCUGGGAAGCUCCAGAAGAUGACGGAGGAUUACCUCUCACAGGUUACCUUGUGGAGAUGCGACCUUCAACCCGCUCCUCUUGGAUGAAGGCAGGCUCACUGGAACCCACAGACACGACCUUCACCGUCCUUGACCUAUUGGAAGGAACCGAAUACUACUUCCGGGUCACGGCUAUUAAUGACGAGGGCCACAGCGAACCUCUGGAGUCUAAAGACACCGCCAAACCCAAGAAGAAAAUAGUUCCACCCGAGGCCCCAUCUUUCCUGCGAACCACCAAAGUUGGACAAGAUUUCGUCACUCUGGAAUGGAAAGCGCCGUCCCAUGACGGUGGAUCCAAAAUCACCGGCUACAUGGUGGAAAAAUGCGAAGCCACAUCUGACAAAUGGAUGAAGGUCAAAUCUUUGAAGCCUUAUGACACCACUCUCAAGGUCACUGAUCUGAAGGAAAAUGUUGGCUACUUCUUUGCGGUUUCGGCUGAGAAUGAAGCUGGCAUGAGCAAACCAUGUGAAACAGAUUCCCCUGUUACGCCCAAACGUCCAGCAGGUCCGCCCAGUGCACCGACAGGACCAAUUACCGUGAAGGAGGUGGAUCGUAACUCGGUCACCUUCGAAUGGGAGGAGCCAGAGGACGACGGAGGUUCCCCCGUGACACACUACGUCAUCGAAAAACGUGAUGCCAAACGCACCAUGUGGUCGCAGUGUGAGAAAAUUGACAGCUCUGAAACAUCGUAUACGGCUAAGAAUCUUCUGGAGGGCAACGAAUAUCUGUUCAGAGUCAUCGCUGAGAAUGCCAAGGGCAAAGGUGAACCUCUAGAAAUGGAGGAGCCCGUACAGCCCCGCAGCCCAUAUGAUGCCCCAGACAAACCAGUGGGACCGUUGAAGAUCAGCGACGUCACGGACAACUCUGCCACUCUCAGCUGGGAAGCUCCAGAAGAUGACGGAGGAUUACCUCUCACAGGCUACCUUGUGGAGAUGCGACCUUCAACCCGCUCCUCUUGGAUGAAGGCAGGCUCACUGGAACCCACAGACACGACCUUCACCGUCCUUGACCUCUUGGAAGGAACUGAAUACUACUUCCGGGUUACGGCCUUAAAUGAAGAAGGUCAUAGUGAACCACUGGAAUCCAAGGACACCGCAAAACCAAAGAAGGCUAUUGUUCCACCCGAUUCGCCCACGAAUUUGAAAGUCACCAAAAUUGGAAAGGACUUCGUGGAAUUGGAAUGGAAAGCCCCACACAAAGAUGGUGGCGCCAAGAUCACAGGUUAUAUGAUCGAGAAGUGCGAGGAGACUUCAGAAGCCUGGAUCAAAGCCGGAUCUGUGAAAGCAUUCGACACAAACUUCAAAGUCCCAGACCUCAAGGAGAAUGUCGGUUACUUUUUGGCAGUCUCUGCCAAGAAUGAAGCCGGCUUGAGCAAACCUUGUGAGCUGGAGUCACCGGUAACACCAAAAAGACCUGCAGGCCCACCCUCCAAACCAUCUGGACCAAUCGCCGUCAAGGAUCUUGACAGGAACUCUGUGACGAUCGAAUGGAAAGCCCCCAAAGAUGACGGUGGAUCACCAGUAUCGCGUUACAUCAUUGAGAAGCGAGACGCCAAGCGGUCACUCUGGUCACCUGUUGGCAAAGUGGACAGUGACACGUUCUCUUGUAAGGCCACUGACCUCACGGAGGGGACGGACUACGUCUUCCGAGUGAUUGCCGAAAAUGCCAAAGGUGCUGGAGACGCCCUGGAAAUGGAGGGUACCGUUCAACCUAGAAGUCCUUACGAUACUCCAAGUCAACCAGUCGGACCAAUAGAAUUCACAGAAUUAACCGACCAGUCCGUCACGUUGUCAUGGAAUCCACCUGAAGACGAUGGCGGGGUUCCCAUCACAGCUUAUAUUAUCGAGCAUCGUGACAUCCGCAGAUCCACGUGGAUGAAGUCCGGAUCCGUCGGUCCAGAUGUCACAUCCUUCAAGGCCGCCAAUCUCGUGGAAGGUAAUGAGUACUACUUCCGGGUCACGGCUGUCAACGACGAAGGUCAAGGGGAGUGGCUAGAGUCCAAGGAAAUCAUCAAGCCUGAGCGAGAGCUUUCUGCUCCUGAAGCCCCGGCCGGAAUGAAGAUUCUGGAAAUCGGGAAAGACAGUGUGACUCUUCAGUGGCAGGCGCCUGAGGACGACGGAGGGUCAAAAGUCACGGCCUACCACAUCCGGAAGCGCCGGGAAGGUUCAGAGGAAUGGGAAGACGUGGCAAUGACCAAGGCGUACGAAAUGCGCUGUACCAUUCCAGAUCUGAAAGAAAACACCGGUUACUACUUUAGCAUAACGGCUGAGAAUAAAUUGGGAGAAGGAGAUACAUUGGAAACUGAAUCUCCCAUCAGUCCCGAAAAACCACUAGAAAAACCAUCUGCUCCUGUUGGACCAAUAACAUUCACCAACAUACUAAGAGAUUCGCUGACGUUGUCCUGGAAACCCAGCGACAAAGAUGGCGGCUCUCCGGUGAUUGGUUACGUCAUUGAGCGACGCGAAGCAUGGAAGAGCUCGUGGUCUCCCGUGACAACGGUAAAACCAGACAUUACCAGUUACUGUGUGCAGAACCUUAAGGAAGGCCAAGAGUACAUCUUCCGUGUGAUCGCUAAGAAUUUAGUUGGACUCUCAGCUCCACUCGAGUCUGACAGCGUAACGCCAAAGAGUCCUUACGAUGUGCCGUCAGCACCCGAGGGGCCCAUUGUCACCAGUGAUCUCACAGCGACCUCUGUUGUCAUCGCAUGGAAAACACCUCUCAACGAUGGUGGCUUGCCCGUUACUGGCUACGUCAUCGAGAAACGCGACAAGAAACGACCGACGUGGGUCAAGGUUGAGAAGGUCAACCCGGACAUCCUGACCUACUGCGUCCAAAACCUGACCACCGGAAGUGAUUACUACUUCCGUGUGUUUGCUGAAAACGACGAAGGUUUGAGUCCUCCAUUAGAGAUGGAUCAACCCGUCACGCCCAAAAGACCACCAGAGUUACCAAGCCCCCCAGAGAGCCUCAAAGUGUUUGACGUCCAGGUCACUACUGCGGUUCUCCAGUGGCAGCCACCGAGAGACGAUGGCGGGUCUGAGAUUCUUCACUACAUCAUUGAGGACAGCGUCAACCGACAAGACUUCGUCAGAAUUGCCAAAGUGGAAGGUUUCUCCACCAAGUUCAAGGCCAAAGAUCUUGAAGAAGGCAAAGAGCAUGUCUUCCGCGUUUCUGCUGUGAAUGAGAUCGGCGCAAGCCAAGUAAUCACGGCUGAGCCGGUGACGCCAAUGAAACCGUUGGAGAAACCCAGCAAACCUACCGGUCCAAUCGAAAUAGUUGACGUUCAGAGGGACUCGAUCACAGUCCAUUGGAAUCCCCCGAAACACGACGGUGGUUCUCCGUUAACCGCCUACGUUUUGGAGAAAAGAGACGCCAAGAGAACAAUGUGGUCCAAAGUGGACCGCAUUGGCCCCAAGGACACUAAAUACACUUUUGAUGGACUCACAGAAGGAUGCGAGUAUUACUUCAAAGUUUCCGCGGAAAACAAAAUCGGCCUCAGUGAGCCUUUGGAAACUGCUUCUCACACCAAGGCAAAGAGUCCAUUUAAUGUACCUUCAUCCCCUAUUGGCCCGCUUUCCAUCGCGGACGUCACAGAAGACUCUUGUGAGCUGACAUGGAAACCUCCAGAAUCUGACGGUGGUACCCCUCUUACGAAGUACAUCGUGGAAAUGCGUGAGACACGCCGUAGUGCGUGGGGAAGAGUGGCCGAAGUGAAGCCAACCACCACACACUGCUGCGUUCCGAGCCUCAUCGUGGACAAUGAGUACGUAUUCCGAGUGACGGCGGUCAACGCUGAGGGGGAGAGCGAGCCGCUCGUGUCCACCGAUGUCGCCGCGCCCAAAAAGAAAUUGGAACUCCCCGGCCCGCCGGCUCACGUGCGUAUCAACAAAGUUGGCAAAGACAACGUCACCAUUGAGUGGGGAAUCCCCAACAAAGAUGGCGGAGCCAAACUCAUAGGCUAUCAAAUUUUCAAGAUGGCCGACGACAGUGAGUUGUGGGAACAAGUGGCCAAAGUGAAGCCGUUUGACAGUUACUACACAAUCCCGGAUUUGAAGAUCGGCAAAGGAUAUUACUUUGCUGUAGCCGCCGAAAAUGAAAUUGGCGUCGGCAAGAAAUGUGAGACGGAGUCACUGGUCAAACCAAAGAAACCACUAGAAAAACCAUCCGCACCGGAGGGCCCACUUAAGGCUACUGAUGUGCAGAAAGACAGCAUCACGUUGUCAUGGCAACCCAGCGACUCGGACGGCGGCUCACCAAUCACCACUUACGUCAUCGAAAAACGUGAAUCGUGGAAGACCACGUGGUCUCCGGCAGGUAAAGUCCUACCUGACGAAGAGCUGACGAUCACGGUGCCAAAUCUGAAACUGGAACAGGACUAUUUCUUCCGGGUAAUGGCCGAAAAUGUGGUGGGAUUAUCACCAGCCCUCGAGACAGAGAAAGGCUUAGCUCCCAAGAGUCCAUUUAAUCCGCCCUCGGCACCGGAAGGACCCAUCCAGAUCACGGACCUGAACGAGAACUCUGCCGUCAUCACCUGGAAGCCACCGCUUGAUAACGGAGGACUGGACCUUACAGGUUACGCUGUAGAACGUCGUGACCGGAAAUGGUCAAGCUGGAUGAAGGUUCAGAAACUAGACUCGGAAACGUUGACCCUCACCAUCGACAAUCUCAUCGAAGGUAACGAGUACCUCUUCCGAGUUUUCGCGGAGAAUCCCGAAGGUCGAAGCCAGCCGCUGGAAAUGGACGACGCCGUCGUGCCGAGGAGAAAGGCCGAAGCACCGUCCGCUCCAGUCGGGCCAAUCAGAUUCAAUAACGUCGAGCCGUCGACGGUAACGUUCGAUUGGCUGCCACCGAACGAUGACGGAGGCGCCGAACUGGAAAACUACACUAUCGAGAUGGCGAAACCCAAGGAAGAGUUCAAACAGAUCGGAAAGGUCCAAGGCAACAUUACCCGGUACCGCGCUAAAGACUUAGAAGAAGGUUCCAAGUAUACAUUCCGUGUACGUGCUGUUAAUCGAGCUGGAACGAGCGAGCCUUUGGAGUCCGAAGCCGUCAUUGCCAGAAAACCACCAGAGCCACCCUCCAAACCACAGGGCCCGCUAAAAGUUCUAGAAACUCAGCGCACCUCUGCCACCAUAGAAUGGCAGCCACCGAAACAUGAUGGCGGACUUCCGCUCACGCAUUACAUCUUGGAGAAACGCGAGGCGCUGCGGACACUGUGGAACAAGGUGGAGAAAGUGGACGCGAGUACACUACAGCACACCGUGGCCCACCUGACAGAGGGCAAUGAGUACUACUUCCGGGUCAUGGCCGAAAACGAGGCCGGAGUUGGCCCAGCUUUAGAGAUGGACUACCCAGUGAUGGUGAAGAGCCCGUACGAAAAACCGUCGGCACCAGUGGGCCCUCUUGUCAUUAGUGACGUAACAGAAGACUCUUGUGAACUGGAAUGGAAGGCGCCAGAAAGCGAUGGCGGUCUCCCCAUCACCGCGUACUGCGUGGAGAUGAGAGAGGUUCGUCGCAGCGCCUGGACAAAGUGUGCCGAGAUCAAACCGACGCACGCGCGCUGUCACGUUAGCGGCAUGUUGACCGACAACGAAUACAUGUUCCGUGUCUCAGCCAUUAACGAGGAAGGUCAAGGACCCUAUCUCAACUCCGUGGAUUCAGCAAAACCAAAGAAACCAGUCUCCGUGCCUAAAGCCCCCGAAUCGGUCAAGAUCACGGAGAUCGGACAGGACAAUGCCUCCCUGGAAUGGCGGCCACCGCUAGAUGACGGCGGAUCUCGCGUCACACGUUACAUCAUUGAGAAGAUGCGUGACAACGCGGACGGCUGGACCAAAGUGGCGACAGUUGAUGCCUACAAGACCCAUUAUGACGUUCCUGACCUCGAGGAAGGUAAAGGUUACUACUUCUCUGUCAGCGCCGAGAACGAGGCCGGCGUCGGAAAACGAUGUGAGACGGAAAAACCAGCCCGACCGAAGCGCCCUCUGGCCAAACCAUCACCUCCUGUUGGACCUGUCGAGGUAUCUGACAUACAGCGAGCUUCCGUGAAGUUGUCAUGGAAACCAUGUCAGAAUGAUGGCGGUGCACCUGUCACUUCCUACACCGUGGAAAAGAGAGAAUCGUGGAAAUCCAAUUUCUCCUUCGUGGAGAAGAUCUCCAUACCAAAUACGUCUUGUACCAUACCCUUCCUGAAGGAAGGUCAAGAAUACUAUGCCAGAAUUCUGGCAGAGAACUCUGUGGGCUUGUCCAAGCCUCUGGAAUCUGACAGCUUCGUACCCAAGAGCCCAUACAAUCCACCCUCACCGCCGCAGAACCUCACUGUUACCGAGACCACAGCUGACAGCAUUACUGUCCAAUGGAAACCGCCUGCCGAUGAUGGCGGACUUCCGCUACGAGGCUACAUCGUGGAGCGGCGCGAGAAGCGUCGCGCAGCCUGGAUGAAGAUUGCCAGCGUCAAACCAACGACGUUGUCGUACCAACUGGAAAACCUAACGGAGGGCAAUGAGUACAUGAUUCACGUGAUUGCUGAGAACGACGAAGGUCAAAGUGCACCUGCGGAAACCGCGGAGGCCGUUAGACCCGAACGUGAACCAGGUGUUCCAGAGCGCCCAAUGUCGCCGUUACGCGUCAGUAACGUCACCGCCAAUAGCGUAACACUGGACUGGCUGCCUCCCAGAGACAACGGCGGUGCGCCCAUCACAGGCUACAAGAUCGAAAUGUCUUCUGACGAGGAGGCCUGGACGAACCUGGCUUUGCUCGAAGGGGAGGGAACUCAGCUACGAGUAGCUGACCUGGAACAGGGACGCCCUUACUAUUUCAGGGUGGCUGCUAUGAAUAAAGUGGGCACAGGCAAACCGAUAGAAUCGGACAGAGUUGUUCCAAAACGACCUGUUGGUCCCCCUGGUACUCCGAUUGGCCCAAUCGCUGUUACCAAUGUCACCAGAGACUCCGCCUCCUUGGAAUGGGAGGUGCCAGAAGACGACGGCGGGUCUCCACUGACCGCGUAUGUCGUGGAAAAGCGCGACGCCAAUCGCACGAGCUGGCAGAGGGUGGACAAAAUCUCCGACACUCUCACUUCGAUCAACUGCCGUAACCUGUCUGACGGCUGUGAAUACUUCUUUAGGGUGUUUGCUGUCAACAAAGCCGGCAGCAGCGAACCUCUCGAAAUGGACAAACCCGUACUGAUUAAGAGCCCGUACGAUGUUCCUGGUCCUCCGAAAGGACCGCUCAGAAUCUCCCGUAUCACCGAGGACUCUGUGGAUCUGGAAUGGGAACCCCCAGAGAAAGAUGGCGGAAUACCUAUCCUGAAAUACGUGAUCGAGAUCCGAGAGUCCCGCCGCAGCACUUGGGGACGGGCUGGCAUUACAGACGGCAUGACCACGCGAUUUACACCGCGAAAUCUAGUCGUCGACAACGAAUAUUUCUUCCGCAUCCGAGCAGUGAAUGAAGAAGGAGAAGGACCGCCUCUUGAGAGUUUGGAAGGUGUAAUACCUGUCAUCAAAAUAGAGCCACCUACAGCACCCGUUUACGUCAGAGUGUCGAAAGUAAACGCCGACAAAUGCAACUUGGAAUGGAAAUCUCCAAUGAGUGACGGUGGGUCGAGAGUGAAGCGCUACAUCCUUCAGAUGAAGGAGGACCGAGCAUCCAGUCCCUGGCAGGAUAUUGGUUCCGUGGAAUCCUACCGCAACACGUUUACGGCGAAGGAUUUGGAACCUGGCAAGAACUACCUGUUCGCUGUGUCGGCUGAGAAUGACGCUGGUGUCAGCGAACCAACAGUGACAGAGAAACCAGUGUCACCAAGGAAACCACUGGCUGCACCAUCUCGACCUGUCGGACCGCUCAUGUUCAGUGACAUCCUUAAGGAUUCCGUGACCGUUGCUUGGCAACCAAGUAAAGAAGAUGGCGGCUCGCCGAUCACGGGUUACGUAGUUGAAAAGAAGGAACAGUGGAAGUCCAGCUGGCUCUACGUGGACAAAGUCCGCCCUAGUCACACUAGUCUCACGGUGCAACACCUAUUGGAGGGGACAGAGUACAAGCUUCGAGUCCUGGCCGAGAACGCCGUUGGUACUUCCGAACCUCUUGAAGGAGAUACGGCAAUUGUUCCCAAGAGUCCAUACAACAAACCCGGUGUUCCUGUUGGACCGCUGGAAAUCUCAGACGUCGACUCCACAUCAGCGACAAUCAGCUGGAAACCACCGACAGACGACGGCGGACUACCCAUCAAGCGCUACGUCAUUGAACGACGUGACGCCAAACGCUUCGCCUGGAUGAAAGUGGGAACGUCAAAACCACACUCUACCUCGUUCACCGUAGACGGGCUCCGUGAAGGUAACGACUACUUCUUCCACGUCAUGGCUGAAAAUGACGAAGGUGUGGGUGAACCUCUGGAACACCUGGAGCCGGUUACGCCAAGGAAAGCGCCAGAACGACCUGGACCAAUCACAGGUCGACUUAGAGCCAGCAAAGUGACGGCAAACUCAGUGACACUAGACUGGACUCCACCAAUGGAAACCGGCGGAUCACGUCUUUCAGGCUACCUUAUCGAGGGAUGGAACAAGAAAUCUGACUGGUUCAAACUGGACGAGAUCGAUCCAGACAAAAUGCAGUAUGUGGCUCGUAAUUUGGAGGAGGGUGUGGAAUAUGACUUCCGUAUCAGUGCCAAGAACGCCGUGGGCAUAAGCAAAUCCGUCUCCCUGGAUAAGACGGUCAGACCCACAAAACCAGCAGAAUCUCCCGGGGCUCCGACUGGUCCCUUGGAAGCAUUAGACGUGAACAAGACGUCCAUGACCUUGAAAUGGAAACCUCCAGCCAAUGAUGGCGGAAGUCCGAUCACGGGUUACAUCAUCGACAAGCUGGACGUGCAGUGGGGAGGAUGGAUGAGAGCUGCGCGUGUCGCUGCCGGCGUUAACGAAUACAACCUUGCCGGCCUCAUUCAAGGUCAUGACUACAACUUCCGGGUUUACGCGGAGAACAAACUCGGCGCCGGAGAUCCAAUUGAAUUGAGGCAUCCAGUCACAGCCAAGAGUCCAUAUGAGCUUCCAUCAUCUCCUCGAGAUCUCAAAGUAACAGAUAUUAACGAAGAUACUGUCGGGCUGGAGUGGUCUCCCCCUGACAACCUAGGCGGUACUGAUCUGCUUGGUUACGUCAUCGAAAAGCGUGACGCAAGCAGGACGCAAUGGGUGAAGAUUGGACAAGUCAAACCCGAACUUAACCGCUACAACGUGAGAAACUUACUUGAAGGACGAGAUUACGUUUUCCGGAUCUUUGCGGAAAAUACGGAGGGGCUGAGUGAACCAACCACACUGAUGUCGCCCGUCAUGCCACAGCGCCCUGUGGAGCCACCAGGUGCUCCCGACAAGCUGGAGAUCUCUAACGUCGGCCGUGACUCGGCAACACUGAGCUGGCGGAAACCACGUUACGACGGCGGCGCUCCGGUACGAGGCUACGUCAUCCAGCAGCGUGACGGCAAAGCGGCGACGUGGUCAGACAUAGGUGACGUCGACGCCUCCACGUACGUGUUUGUCGCCAAAGGUCUCAUCGAAGGAUACGAAUACUAUUACCGGGUCGCUGCUAAGAACAGCGCCGGCUUAGGAGAACCUGUUGAGAACAGAAGGCCAGUUGUCCCGGAACGCCAAAUGGAAAAACCGUCAGCACCUGUGGGCCCGCUUGAAGUGUCCAACAUCACCGACGAGAAACCUGACGUUGUCAUGGUUACCACCGGAGUCUGAUGGCGGAUGUCCCGUUGUCUGGCUUCGUUAUUGAGAAGUGUGACGCCAAACGCGGUUAAAUGGUUACGUGUAGGUCGCGUACGCCCCGAAAUUCUCACUUACAAUGUUGACAACCUAAUCGAAGGUACAGACUACGCAUUCCGAGUCAUGGCGGAGAACGACGUUGGCCUCAGUGCUCCUCUGGAGACAGGAAAAGUCAGUCAUGACCAAGAGUCCGUUCGGCCCGCCAUCCGCACCAAUAGGACCUAUCAAAACCAUCCAUAUGACCAGAGACACAGCGACUAUCCAAUGGAAACCACCGACUGACGAUGGCGGUUCACCUAUCACAGGCUACGUUCUUGAGAAGCGCGAAGCGUCCAAGCGUGCCUGGGUGUACUUCGGGCGCACUGACCCAGAAGUCACUACGCACUGCGUCCUGUCACUCAUGGAGGGACACAACUACCACUUCCGGGUGUACGCAGAAAACAAAUAUGGCCGAAGUGAGCCACUGGACACGGAGACAGCGAUCACACCAAAGAAGAUAUUCGAAUUUGCAGCUGCUGAAAGCUCCUGGAUCAAAGAGACUAACAUAGUGCCGACAAUUAACGUGUACACUGUACAGAACAUUGCUUGGUUUGAGUACAUCUACCGUGUGUAUGCAGAUAACCCACUGACUACCAUAUGGGGACACCAUCGACUUAACCUCUAUCGAAGGACGCUUCUAAACACGUCUCAGACCUAAAUAUGUCCAGAUGUGUCAUUUUAAACACUUUUAAGCUCAUUUAUACAUAACAGAUCGUAUAGGGAGAAUCGCUCUAAAAAAAUUCGACGGUGACCUGUCAUUGAAAAAAAUUCAUAAGGACAUUAUGCAGUGGCAUGUCCAUCGAAAAAUCAUACUGGAACCUGUCACUGAAAGACACUUUCAGAUAUAUCUGACGUGUUUAAGCGUUUUGAAAUGUGUAUCAGUUUUAAACAUAUAAAGACGUGUAACAUCUUUCAACGUCUAGGUGAAAAAAUAAUGAUGCCAGGGACUAAUGGAAGCAUGGAAUGUGGACUAAUAAAAUGUAACACGACUAUAAUGAGAUGUAACACGGACUAUUGUAAACAUGUAACACGGACUAAUGCCAAAUCGUAACCACGAAAUGUUGACUGAAAACGGUGGAAACCCUUUUUUAUUUAUUCGUGUAUGCUUGUUAAGUUUCAUUGUUGUUUUUUUGUUUUUUUU